UUUUCAGGUACAACACUAAUGAGUGGAUAGGCGGAUACCAGUCAGUAUGUAGAUCUGUCGACACGCUUACGCCGUAAGGAGGGGCAAACUGUACACAUAUCCCUGAGACACUCUGGAACAAACAUACUAGGAUUGGUUAUCUGAAAUUUACUCUUAAGCCAAUCUGCAGCCUGCAUUGCUGUAUGUGCAUCACAACCAUUGGUCUGACUGAGUUCUUAAUCUAUUAUUGUUGUUUCAGACAUGAGAUCGAGCCAUCUUGCAUUUGGUUGUGGAAAUCUUAUUUACCUGCAGAUCGACCGAGCCAACUACAGUUCUUAUUUACCUGGCAUCGCAGCAGGUAAAUGUUAUUUACCUACAGACUGUUGAACUAUCGGUAUCUCCAUUUUCAGCUUAACAUCUCACUCCUAUAAGAAACAAUCAUCAGUGAACUGGGUGAUUAGUUUAUCUCUGCUGAUUGGUUCAGCGCCUGCAGGUAUUUUAAGUCACUAACCACCCAUAAAACGCGACAGAUAUGGAAGGACGCACCAUCCAUGAAAAAAUAAGUGAGCACCUACUGUGAAGAAACAAUUUCGAGGCCAGCUACCUUAUAAGAGAACAAAUGACCAAUCCUUCAGUGCAGCAUCAUAUUAUAUACUACUAGUGCAGUGCUACCGGUAGGUGUUGCUUUCUCUCUGUUAAAAAUGUAACCAACUCAUCAACCAUAAAAUAGGCACAACUUGCCUCACCCCUUGACCUCCUAACCACACUGCUCAGCCUUACUUGGUUGUCCUCUGUCCAUCUGGACCAGCUAGUCUUGUUCCCUUUUCUUGGUGUGCUAUCUCCGGCGACUCCAUUCUUGAUCGCGGCUGAACAAGAAGUGGUUAUCGAUUUCUGUCAAGACUUCAGAUCGAGCCAGCUUCCGUUUUGUUGCGGAAAUCUUGGGUGCGUUGUUGGCCGGGGGAUCACGAUCUGUGGUGCGCCGCUCUCCUGUCCCGCACAUCGACCGAGCCAACUACAGUUCAUAUUUAUCUCGCAUCGUAGCAGCGAUGGGCUAGUCAGCUGUGGGCAUCCAGGAGCUGGUGGCCUUCGAGUGGGUGUGCCAUAACCAAUUCACCUGCUCGUCCUUGGUAAACAGAGUUGACUUUUGAAAGAUGUAAAUGCCGAAUACAUGGAAUAGGUCCAGACCACUCAAACCAAAGGACGGGCAAGGUGAUGGAGGCCGUGGUGAGCGCCUCCCAUGGCGCCGUGCAGAUCCUGUUGGUGAAGCUCGGCAACGUCCUUGCCACCAAAUACGCACUUCUCAGUGGCGUUCGCGGGGAGAUCCAGGAGCUCAAGGACGAGCUCGAGAGCAUGACCGCCUGCCUCCUUGAGCUCGCGGAUGGCGAUGAUCACAACGAACAAACUAGGACUUGGAUGAAACAAGUGAGGGAAGUCGCGUUCGAUGUGGAGGACUGUAUGGACAGGUUCUGCCAUCACCUCAGCGAGCACCAUGGAGACCGUAAAGGACUCCUCGAAUACCUCCAUAGGAUGUUCAACAUGGUGCGGACAUUGAGGGUGCGGCACACAGUGGCCACCGAUAUCCAGGGCCUCAAAUCUCGUGCCCAGAAAGUGAGCGAAAGGAGGCGCAGGUAUGAUCUAGGCGAGUCGGCUGGACGGUCAAGCAAAGUGCUUGAUUCUUCUUCGUACAGCCACCAUGACAAUCUGGACCGCUGGCUGCCAGCAAUCCAUGGUGACGGGUCUGGGCUAGUCGGGAUGGGCAACAUGACUCAUGCCGUGGUGAGGCUGCUCAGUGAGAAACGCCAGGCGGCGGCAGGUCCCCGAGUGCUGUCCAUAGUGGGUUUCGGUGGCCUCGGCAAGACCACCCUCGCCACGACCAUCUACAGCACUCCAAAGUUGGGUGGCAUCCAGUGCCGUGCUUUCAUUCCGGUGUCCCAGACAUACGAUUUCCGUUCUCUUCUCGAGUCCGUGCUGAAGCAGCUUUCGACUUUGGCUGACAGUGAUAAAGAUGACGAUCCCCUCCGGAACAUUAAAAAAUGGACCAUAAGCGACUUGGUUGACAAGAUCAAACAAUGUUUGAAGCGUAGGUACCUGAUCGUUCUGGAUGACGUUUGGCAAGCAGCUGCAUGGGAUCAGCUAAAGGUAGCUUUUCCUCAUGAUAAUGGUGAAGAGGGCAGCAUAUUAAUUACUACACGCAGUCACGAGGUGGCAAAAAAUUGCUGCACCUCUCCCAAUGAUCCUGUCUAUGAAAUGAAGCGGUUACAGAUGGAUGAUUCACAGCAGCUAUUCUUCAAGACGGUCUUUGAGUCAGGGAAAUGUCCGAACGACCUGCUGAAAGUCUCCAAUGCCAUUUUGGCAAGGUGUAACGGUCUACCUCUAGCUAUAGUGAGCAUAGGACGAAUGCUAGCUCGGAGGCAAAACAAGACAUCGGCAGAAUGGCAAACAGUAUGUGAUAGGUUGGGUUCUGAACUAGAGACAAACCCCACUUUAGAGGGAAUGAGACGGAUACUUUCUCUCAGCUACAAUGAUCUUCCAUACCAUCUGAAAGCAUGUUUCUUAUACCUGUGUGCUUUCCCAGAGGAUUUUGUGAUCAGAAGAGGCUCUCUGAUUAGACGGUGGGCAGCCGAAGGCUUGAUCAUUGGAAUGUAUGGCCGCAGUAUGGAAGAGAUUGCUCAGAUUUAUUUGGACGAGUUUGUGAGUAGAAGCAUCGUCAUCCCUGGACAGAUUGGCAGCAGUGGCAAUAUUAGGAGUUGUAAAGUCCACGACAUAAUGUUAGAAGUCAUCAUCGCCAAAUCUGUCAAGGAAAUUUUUAUCUCAUUCCUAGGGAGCAGCCAAUACAGCACAACAGCAGGCCAUGACAAGGUACGACGGCUCUCCAUCCAUCCUGGUGGCGGCAAGGAGAAGAGAACAUUUUCCAGUAAAAACAUAGUUCAUACCCGUUCACUGUCAAUUCUGGGCAGCACUGAGAAACCUGUACCCAUCAAAUUUGCUGAUUUGACACUUUUAAGGGUUUUAGAUCUUGAAGGAUGUGGAUGGUUAAGAGAUCAAGAUAUGAAGGACAUUUGCAAACUGCCUCUGCUGAGAUACCUCAGCCUUAGAAACACAGCCAUAUGCCAACUACCAGAUGCAGUAGGGAAACUUAGAGACUUGGUGACACUGGAUGUAAGGGAAACUAAGGUCGUCGAAUUUCCAAAAGGCAUUACUCAUCUCCAAAGUCUGAAUCAUCUGAUUGUAGGCCGUUAUGCAUAUUACACAAGGACACGAAGUGUGAAGCAUUUCUUGUGGAGUGGAGGAGCGAAGGUACCACUUGGAUUAGGGGAUAUGCAUGCUCUCCAGAGAAUCUCUCAUGCCGACAUCUCCACAGAGAAAAGCUCCCGUGCAAUGCGUGAGCUGGGAAAAUUGCGUCAGUUAACCAGACUUUGUGUAAUUAACAGGAAGGAAGCAAAGUUUUGGGAACCCUUUGCUGAGUCUUUGAAUGAGCUUAGCAGCUCUCUUCGCCAUCUAAUGGUUGUGGACGGUUCACUGGAAGGCACGGAGCUGGAAUUUUUAGUUGGCCUGAAGAAUGCCCCUGUGUUUCUGCAGAGCCUCCAUUUGGGGGGACGGCUCAGGAAUCGUUUGAGGUUCUAGCGAAGCUCCCCAGUCUUGUUUCUCUCAAGCUAUACUUCAAGGGGUAUUCCGGGAGUGCCUUAUGCUUUGAAGAGGGCUGGUUUCCCCGGCUGAAGCAAUUAGUCGUGGAUAAUAUGGAAAAUCUUGAGGAGCUCAGCUUCCAUGGGGGUGCACCUAAUCUUGAGAGGCUCACAUUGGCUUUCAAUAGGGUGCUCCGUGGAGGUGUUA